AUGUCGGUCACCCACACGUCGCUCUCAUCUAUCAACGAGUCGCUCCCGCGCCUCGCCCGCGCCCGCGCCCACGUUGACGCGGGACGUCGUCGAGAUGGAUUAAUCAUACGCAAGUCGUUCGGUCGCUCCCGAACGCCCAUCGCUCGCGCUCGCGCCGUCUCGGACGUCGACGUCCCCGACGCGACGAUCCUUCGAGUGCGUUACCAUCGAACGGACGGAUCGUCGUACGCGGGAUGGGGCGCGCACGCCUGGGGCGACGUGCGAGCGCCGACGACGUGGGACGCGCCGCUGGCGGCGACGCUGGACGACUACUCUACGUGGGCGACGUUCGACGUCGAGUUAGUGAGCGGAGCGAGUCGAGUGAGCGUACUCAUUCACCGAGGAGAGGAUCAGGAUUGUCGAGCAGAGGAUUUAGACGUAUCCGCGGGGACGCGAGAGGUGUGGUUGGUGAGCGGGUACUCGUGCGCGUUUGAGCAAGAACCGGAUUUGAAGGCGCUGCCAAAGGGAGAUGUGGACAAGCACCGGGCGAUUUGGGUCUCCGCGAGCGUCAUCGCGGUGCCUCCAGACUUUGCUUUAUCGGCCGCAGCACGAGAGUCGGUGAAAUAUUCGUUGGUGAGCUCGGAGAGCGCGGAGCUGAGGGUGACUGGCGAAGGUGUCGAAGGCGGCGACGGAGAGCCGCAGACGCUGGAACUCAUCCCGACCGGUCUCUCGAAGGGCGCACGCGAGAAGUUUCCGCAUAUCGCGGCGGCUGAUUAUCGCGCGUUAGAACUACCGCCGAGCGCGCCGGUGCGAGAUUUAUUGCGUCGGCAACUUGCCGUGGCGGCGGUGGAUGAAGACGGCGCGCCAGUGGAUGCCACGGGUGUCCAGCUCCAAGGCGCGCUCGAUGAAUUGUACGCGUACGACGGUCCUCUGGGCGCGGAAUUUGGCUCUGAUAACUUAGUGACUCUCCGAGUAUGGGCACCAACAGCGCAAAACGUCACGCUGAGCGUGUUCGAUGAGCCGAGAGGAGACGCAACGCGCAUCGAAAAGUCAAUGACGCGCGACAGCAGAACUGGCGUGUGGAGUGUUAGCGGCGAAUUCGAUGGUAAGUUUUACAACUACAACGUUACAGUUUUCAAUCCAUCGACGGGGCAAGUGUCGACCAACGUCUCGAGCGAUCCGUACGCGCGAAGUCUCGCGGCUGAUGGUCGACGAGCGCAUGUGUGUGACAUUUCAAAGGACGACUUAAAACCAGCUGGGUGGGAAUCUUUCGAGAAACCGACGUUCACGCAUCCGGUGGACUGCGCGAUCUACGAGCUUCACAUUCGAGAUUUUAGCGCCAUGGACGACACCGUGAGCUCGGCCGCGCGAGGGAAGUACGUCGCUUUCACUGAGAGUUCGAGCACAUGCGUGUCUCAUCUCCGAAAGCUCGCCCAAGCCGGGCUCACGCACGUGCAUCUUUUACCGUCGUACGAUUUCGGCUCUGUGCCCGAGCUCCCGGAAAAUCAAAAGUCGGUCGACUUCGAGCAACUCGCGGCGCUACCCUCAAACUCGAGCAAGCAACAAGAACUGAUCGAGGAGUGUAAUUGGUGCGACGCCUUCAACUGGGGAUAUGAUCCGGUGCACUACGGCGUGCCCGAGGGGAGCUACUCCACCGACGCUGAUGGAUCGCGUCGCGUGCUGGAAUAUCGUGAGAUGGUGAAAUCGCUCGCGGAGAACGGUCUACGUGUGAUCUGUGACGUGGUGUACAACCACACCCUGUCUUCUGGCCCAAGUGACGUCAACAGUGUUCUCGACAAGAUUGUUCCAGGCUAUUACCAUCGCCGUAAUUUCGACGGAUUUAUCGAAGCGAGCACGUGCUGCAACAACACAGCGAGCGAGCAUUACAUGAUGGAUCGUCUCAUCGUCGACGAUCUCGUCCACUGGGCCCGAAGCUACAAGGUUGAUGGGUUUCGAUUCGAUUUAAUGGGACACCUGAUGCUUUCGACAAUGUUGAAGGCGAAGAAAGCGCUCAACUCGUUAACCUUAGAGAGAGAUGGCGUGGACGGUAAAUCACUUUAUCUAUACGGCGAGGGCUGGGACUACGCUGAGGUAGCGCAAGGGCGCGUUGGCAAAAACGCCUCACAAUUGAAUUUAGCGCACACGGGCAUUGGAAGCUUCAACGAUCGUGUUCGAGAAGGGUGCAUCGGAGGCAGUCCUUUCGCGGAUCCUCGGUUGCAAGGUUUUCUCACGGGAUUGUAUUAUUCCCCAAACGGAGUUGUUCAGCAGGGUGACGAAGAGUCACAGCGGUACCGGAUGAUGGAGGAUGGUGAGAGGAUCCUUGCGGCGCUCGCUGGAAACGUGCGUGAUUUCGCCUACGUGGAUCGCCACGGAGUCGAGGUGAUGGCAAGCUCAGCUGUUUGGCCGAAUUCAAACGUGGCGUACGCUGGUGAACCGGAAGAGACGGUAAACUACGUCAGUGCUCACGACAACGAGACAUUGUUCGAUAGCAUAACGUUGCGGGUCGCCGAUUCAAUUUCUCUGGCUGAAAGGUGCAGGAUUAAUCACGUCGCGACAGCGAUCGUCGCGCUGGCCCAGGGCGUGCCCUUCUUUCACGCGGGUGAUGAAAUUUUGCGAAGUAAAUCGUUAGAUAGAGAUUCGUAUUCCAGCGGUGACUGGUUCAAUCGACUAGAUUACAGUGGAGAGACGCACAAUUUUGGCGUUGGGUUGCCGCCUGCUCGGAAGAACGGUGACCGGUACGCUUUCAUCACCGAGAUGCUCGCGGAUCUCUCGAUGCGUCCGACGAAAGAGAACAUCCACGCCGCCACGAAAAAUUUGUGCGAGUUACUCAGUAUUCGACGCUCGACGCCGCUUCUUCGUCUUCGAAGUUCGCACGACAUUCAACGUCGAAUGAAAUUUUACAAUCGCGGCCCGGCGCAAACGCCCGGACUCAUCAUCGCGAGCAUCAACGACGGUGACGCGUCUACGCCCGGAUUACAGGCGCUUGAUUCGAACUACAAACGAAUCGUGCUCGCCAUCAAUGCCACCCCGAGGCGAAUAUCUCACGAAGAAGCUGGUCUCAAGGUUGACUUCGCCGGCGUUGAGUUGAAGCUCCAUCCUCUGAUCUCUGACGCUGUCGCAGCGGAAAGCUCGGUCGUCGACGGCGCGUAUACGAUUCCUCCCUACACUUGGGCCGUAUUCGUGCAGUGUCGAUAG